AUGGCCGCCAUCUUCCCGCCACGGCUUUCAAACUGGGGCUUCCUAGCCGGCUCCGGAACCAUAGAGUUCUCCCUGGUCGUUAGUGUUGAAAACCAGGCAGGAAGACCAGAAACAUUUCCGGAGAAACGCCAAGAAGCAAGCUGGAAAAUGGAUCCUCCAAGAGAAUUCCUGAUAAACCUUCCAUCCCAGAUUGCUGUACCUCUGAUGGAAAGGAUGACCCCAAAGUCUUCAGAUCCUUUCAUCAACAUGACUGAGUCUAGCAUACCCCUGAUGGCACAAACUGAAAAUGAUUUCAAAAUAAGGAUGAAGCAGAAGAACCGCACCUCAUUCACCAAAGAACAGCAUGAAGAGUUGGAGACUGUGUUUAGCCAUACCAUGUAUCUGGAUAAAAAUCUCCAGAACAUAAUGGCUUCGAAACUCAAUUUACCUCAGUCAUCAGUAAAGAACUGGUUCAAGAACCGGCGACAAAAAUGGAGGAAGAAUCAACAAAAAGAAUCACUAAAUUUGUCAAAUCAGAAUCUUUCAGGCAAGAAAAUGCCGAAUUUAUCUAAACUGCCAAUCAAUGCUUCUUUCUCUGCUCAUACUCAUCUCUUAAGCUCAUCCAAUUGGGCACAGGACUCCAUCACAACUCAGAGUUUCCCAAGUGAUAACCAAAUGCAAGAUCUUCAGUUGGAGAAUCUAGAGCCCUCAGUUCCUGCGUUGUUCUCUGGUGCCUAUGACAUAACCCAAAUAAUGAAACUAUAUAGUUUUCCUGAUGAGGAUGAGCUAUCCACUUGCUCAUUUAACUGUCUGUAUCAGUAUCUCUCACCCACUGAACCCCAUAUAGAACAAGUUUCUUCCUUUAGCUCCCUUGUUGCUCAAGUUGUAGAUUCAUCUGCUAAACAUAGCUAG